AGGCAGAUACAUCUAUGAAUAUCUCCCUGCAUAUUUUAAGAACCUUUCAAGUCCAUUAGACGCUCUGCCAUUAUUGAAGGCAUUGAGAAAUCUGGUCAGGAAAUAUGUCUGAAAUAAUGAUCCAAGGGGUUACAGGUUGUCUAGUUGUGUCAGGCAUGAAUAACCAGACCCAUACAUGAAGAAUUCAAGCUAAGCAUUUUAUUAAGUUCUGCCUAUCAUACAAGAAUCUCCUCAGUGUAAGAGAUUGAUGGAAGUUCUAAGGGGGAUAAGUCAGUCCUAGCCCUUUUGUGGUUGUGCAGGGAUUCCAGGCUAACUCCAUGCUUGAUCCCUCCUCUCUGCUAGGCUGGGUACUUCCCAGCAAGGUGCUUCUUAUUCUCAAGAAAUAGGAACCAUUUCAUCUAUAUGCCCAGUUCAUCUUGAAAUUGGUCUUCAUGAGAUAUUACUAUAUUGGGAUAAUGGAUUUAUUUUAUCCAGUGAAUGAACCAGGGUGAACUGGAUGGCAUUUAUUAUGGCGGUAAUCGCUUUGGGUCAGUGACAGAUUCUGGAACAGCCACACUUAAACCACGUCCAAGAGUCCGCCCUCUGCUCACUUUCUUACCUCUAGAUGCUCAAGAAGCACAUGGGGUAGCUGUACCAACACCAUCUGUUCCAGACAGCUUUGAGGACAAGCUACCCGCAGGUUCACAAAUCAAUGGCAGUUAUAGAAAGUACAAUUCAGUCAUUGAUCUGAGGACAAAGCCAUUUGGGGAGGAUUAUUUGGAUGAUGACUACAUUCCACCACCACCUUCAAUUCCUCCUCCUUCACCACCACCAUUUUCAGUUGAUUUACCACCAGUUUCACCUUCUGUGGUAGUUCCACCUCCACCUUCCAUGGUAGCUCCACCUCCACCACCAAUGACUCCUCCACCUCCACCACCAAUGACUCCUCCACCUCCACCUCCACCAGCAUUGCCAGCUCCAUGUCUUUCAACUAUGGCUCCACCUUCAUUCCCAUAUUCUGAUGUGCCUUCUCCCAGUACUCCAACUCCACCAGACUUCAUUCCUCCUCCCCCUCCUCCUCCCCCUCCUCCUCCAGAGUUUAUGGAUACUGCGGUAUCUUCUAUUCCUCCAGUUUCAUUACCAGUACAUACACAACUCUUCUCAAAUGGUGUGUCCAAAUGGAAAUCAGAAACUUCUCUCAAUUCUCCAGCAAUACCUAUUCACAAGGAGACACAGUUACCGCAGUCCAGCCCAGAGCCUCAUCUCACUUUCCCCAAAUCAUUAAAAGUACCCCCUCCAACUCCCAUGAGAACAUCAUCUAUUUCCUCAGGAGAAAAAGACUCCAGUCCCAAAGAAUAUUUUCCUAGAUUGGUACCUGACAGUCACACUCCUCUGUUACCUACUGUAUCAUCUGCUACCAUAGUUUACUCAGAGGCAGAAGCUAGAGCCAAAACUACUAUGGAAAAGCAUUCUGCUUUAGUCACAGAAUCUGAAACAUCAGAUUCCAAAAGACACCCACGGAAGAAAAAACAGAGUUUAUCUUGGUCCACUGAAGAAAGAACAGAAUUUUCAUCUCCAGAUCAUGCAUCGUCUGAUGAUGAUAUCUGGAAAGAACGUUGCAAUUUAGAUAAGUUGAAGAAUGAACUGUCAACCCUACUGUCUUCAACUUGCAGAAAGGAAGACCGACCAACUGAAAGAAUUACAGUUUCUAAAGCUAAAGGCACAGAUAUUGAUAGCAACAAUGUUACUACAGAUGAAUUAAAACUAGUUAAGCAUGAUGUGAAAAAACCACACUUAUCACAAGGAGCGGAGAAUGAGAAGAAAGAAAAGAAAUGUGCCAAUAAUUCUCCAGCCAAAUCUUUCACCAAAGAUGCUUUCUCAACUACAGACAAAUUUCCCACCACCCAAGCAAAUUGUGCUAUGAAACUGAAAGAGGAGUUGGAAGCUUUAUUGAUUCCAGUCAAGGAAGGAGGCCCACCUUUGGCACUUGCAAACCUGAGACAUAAUCCAGAAACAAGAAAACAAGUUACUCUUCAUUUUUCCAGCAAUAAGGUCAAUAAUGGUGAGUUAAAAUUUUCAACAGCAAAAUUGGAAGGUACAGAGAAAGAACCAACAAUGCCUAGUUCUUCUGUCCACACAUACAAGUCACCAAUUUCAUCUUUAAAACCCAAAAGUGAAUAUUUGGCUCCAGCUACAUCUUCCUCUUCUAAUUCUGAGACUACCUUAGUCACACAAACUGCUCCUCCCAUCAAGGAUCCCUCUGUGCAAUAUAAGACUCAUAGGUCGAGAUUGGUCCCUGUUGACAGCCUUGUCUCUGCAAUGUCUUCCCAAGCUACACAUGAUGGACCCAGCAGCCCAAGUAAUAAUGAAAAUCAAAGAGAUUCUACUGGAAACAUGCCCUCAACAACAUCCAAAUUAUCUAGGAAUGCAGAGCAAUUGAGCAGUGAUAUUCUGUUCCAUCCUGUUACAGGAGAAAAAGUAGAGAAAGGCUCUCCAAUGGCUCUUCUUCUGGCUGCACAACUGCGGGCCAAUAGAGUUAAGUGUUCCACUUCUGCCUCUCAAAGUAAUAGUGCUUUAUUGGAGAAAUCUCAGCUCAAGUUGAAUAAUAGCAGCCAAUCAGAGAAUGGGUUAUCUACCAUUUAUUACAGCAAUUCAAAACCCAACUCUAUCAAGGUUGUCCCAAAGUCCCCACACCCACACAAGGAUUUAUUGGCAGUCUCCGAAAGUAAGCAGUGUAAUGGAUCAAGUGCACCCAACAACAAUAUCAGGAGUUUGUCAGGACAAAGUGAAAAUAUGCCACAAAUAUUCUCCAAUGCUACUGAACAAUGCAGGAAUACAGUGAAAUUCAGGGAGAUAAAUGAAUCUCAGAGUUUUCCAUCAAAUAAGUGUGGUUCUUCUAUUUUGCUUCAAAACUCAAACUCCAGUCACUUGAAGCAGCAAGAUCCACUGAGCACAUCCAAAAGUCCUUUUCAUUUUUUCCCUCCACCCCAAAACCAUACAGUUAAGAAGGAUCAGGUGGAAGAAGGAUUCAAUUAUGAAAUAAUUCCUCCACCACCAGAGUUCAGCAAUGAUACCUCUGAAAUCCGAAAGCUUCCUUCAGAUACUCAGAUCUCAGAUAUGCAACUUAACUUCAACAACUCAAGCUAUAACUAUGGUAACAGUUACUCUCUGACAUCAGCAGUCCAAAGGCCAAGUGACUAUAGUCACCAUUAUCCAGGUGGCAGCUAUACCCCCAAUUACCUUAGUAGCUGUUCCAAUAGCCGCCCUCUAAUUAAAAAACGCCUUUAUCUAUCAGAGACUGAUGACUUAUAUAGUAGGACAGCUAUGUCUGCUCGCAGUAUGAGCACACCUAGCUCCUAUGGCUACAACUCUUCAGCUGUGGAAGGGAUUCAUCGAGCAAAUUAUUCUCACAGAAAUGUUCCCAAUGGUACACAGGGUCGAAGGGUAUCCUUGGAAUUACCUGGAAAAAUUGUAACUUACAAUACUUCUGUCAAUGAUAUCCAGUAUAAAAGCCAAAAUGGAGACUAUUCUACCAAUGCCUCUGGCAGGCCUUUCCACGUUAGUCCACAAUAUGGAACUCUAAAUACAUUUACUGUCAGGCCUGGAACAAGACAACCCAUUUCUUAUUCCUACCAAGGCCUUCAUUAAGACUUUUCUGUCAGAAGCUCUGCAUCUGCACACAGCUUGGCCCAAUCUUGUACUCAAUCUGGACCUCAUUCUUUGUUCUGUAUUAUAACUGUAGGGUCUGUAUCUUUUUGUAAACAUAUUAGUUUUAAGUUAUUCAGACAAUGUUAAGAAUGAGUCUUAUGAAGCUAUCAUGGUAACAAGCGUCUUUGCAUAAUGUAAGAAUAGCUAUGUGAUUCUAGGGCACAUUUGACUAAUAGGUGUAUGCUUUGAAAAGACGGGCAUGGAGUAAAUUUUACCUUACUAGCACCAUCUUUACAAACAUGCAUUGGUUAUUCAGGGAAAGCAAGCAAAGGAGGAAGAAUGCAACAGAAUGGUGAAGCAGAUAAUCCAUGAUCCAAGAUGAAGAGUGUAGUUCAACAACCCACUCAUGGCUACUCUAGAUCAGCCAUACAUGGCUUAGAAAGCCAGCUGUUAUCUAGAAGAAAAUGGCACAGUUGUGGGAAAAGAAAGGAAGAGUUCGGAGGAAUAAAGGAUGAGCAAGAGAGAAGGAUUAAAUUUUUGUGAUACUUGCAGUUUCAAUAGUGCUAGACCAAAGAAAAUCGACAGGAGCUUUUGUCUAUGGAGAUUCUCAUUCAUCCAGGUCAUGGUUAUCCCAAAGUUGUUUUUGAAGGAGCAACUGACCUUUUGCUUCUCAUCCAAUAAGCUUUAUCUCUGAGCCCCUUGAAAAAGCAUCUUUGGGAUGACAAGAGCUUUUCUUAGCAGUGCAUCUCUAAAUUGUACCCACUAAUUUUUUGUUUAUCACAUCAUUGUUAGAAUCCUGAAUAGAAAAAAAAAAUAGAAACCCAGGGGCCCUUGUCAAAUAUUCUUAGAUCUUGCAAAAUAUUUGAGACCGAACUUCUUCAAAAUCAUUUUUAGACAGUCAUUUAGGUUUUGCAUUUUCUACAUUUACAGAUAAAAAUUCUGUACAUUCUAAAGACACUAAUAUAAUUCUUGCAGUCCCCUUUAAAAACACACAGCUGAAUUUAAUUUGGGAGUCAUUUUUAAUUAAAAACUGUACAAGAUUUAAAUGAACCAAACAACAUAUAUCUGCCAGGAUAACGAUUCAUUGCUGCAUUGUUUUAGUUUUCAAGAAUGCCAUUAUUCUGUCUGCAACCUUGUUUUUCUUGUGGUUUCUUAUUGUGAUUUAGGAGUUAAAAAAUAUUUAAUGGAUACGAGAGAUGUUUAGUAGAACAGGUGCCGGCAUCUAUACAAAUUAAACCCAAUUAUAUCUCUAAUUGAAGGGGAAAGCAUUGCAUGCUUAAAGGUCACCUUGGAAAAUGUCAAAUAUGUUUGUUUGGAGGUAAAUCUUAUUCAAUGGGAUUUACUGCCUAAGUAGAGGAAAAGAGCUGUAAUCCAUUUUGGUUUGUACUGGUUAUACAUGAGAGUUACAGGUAGUUUUUGAAUUACCAUCAUUUGUUGAGCAAUUGUUCAAAAUUACAGUACUGAAAAAAUGACUUACAAAUGGUCCUCACACUUGGGACUGUUGCAGCAUCCCUGCGGUCAUGCGAUUAAAAUUCACCUUGCCAGCUUGACCACUGGCAUGUAUUUAUGAUAGUUGCAGCAUCUUGGGAUCAUGUGAUUGACAUUUGCGACCUCUUCAGCUGACAAGCAAAUCAAUGAGGCAAGUCAAUUUGCUUAAUGGUCACAUGACUCAAUUUAACAACUUCAACUGUUAACAACCAUGGGCAAAAAGAUCAGAAAAUUGGACACAGCUCAUUUAAGAGCCACCUUGCUAAAACAAUAGAAAUUCUGUUUCCAGUUGUGGUUGUAGUUAAUGGAUUACUUGUAGUCCAAUUAUCUAUGGAUUUAAUUUAAUGUAAUGUAAUUUUUAAAACUGAGUGGGAAAAUGGCCUUCUCAAUUUAUUUCUGUUAGAUUUUGCAAAGGAACAAGUAUAUAGCCAUUAUUUUUAUAUAUUUAAUAGAUAACUUAGUUUAAAUGAUAAAGCAUCCACGAAAGAGACCUAAAAGAAAAUGGAUUGACAACAUUGGCAAGUAUUGCAGACUCAAUUGGCAAAACAAAGCUUAGGACCAUAUUGGUUGGAAAGAGGCAGAAGAGGCCUUCAUCCUGCUGUGGACAAUGACUAAAUGGUGAUGAAGAAGAUGAUGAUGAUGAUAUGAUGAAAUGAUAAAGCAUGUAACUUCAUGCUGAGUUUGCCAGGCAGCAGAUUCAUUUUUAGAGAAAUAUUUUGGCAGAAUUAUGGUGUAGUUUGAGUUCAAUUUAAAUCACUAAACUAAGGAGAUGGUUAUCUGUGCCCUAGGGAUGCUUCCCAUUUAAAGCAAUCAAAUGUAUCAAAACAUUUAAGUCAAAAAUGGCUUAAAUAGGUGUAAUCUGCAAACCAUCUUCUAUAUUGUGUUUAUUCACUCUAUUUACAUAUUACUUUAUUUCUUGCAUAUAUAUAUAUAUUCGGGAAAAGACCCGAAUACACCAAAACUUGCAUACCUCUACCCGUGAAAAUCUACAAAAACAUAUAUAUAUGUGUGUGUGUGUGUGUAUGUGUGUGUGUGUGUGUGAACCUAGAGUAAAGCCACCUCUAUCAGGAGUCAGAAUGAACUUACUUUAAACAGAAGAUGGGUGGGAUGAAAGGAAGUAAGUGGUUAGUUAUUUUGUUUAUGGUUUUUUCCCUUUGAUUAUUAUUUUUUUUUGUUCUGUAUUUUUACUGCCAGGAUGGAAAGACGUACUUUUGUGAUUUUGCUGCCUCAUGUGUCAGAGGAACUGCCCUGCCAUGAUUAAGUAUCCAUUUGUUGCUCUGCUUCAGGCAAGGGAACAACUUGGACUAGCCCUGAUUAUAACCUUUGAUACUAAGAUAAACUGAUUGGAAAAAAAAAUGUCCUGUCCUCACCCUCUUGUCUAUAAGAUCUAGGAGGCUUCUGACCUUCAGUAGAAGCAGGAGUUUGUCCACAUGUCCAAUAGUGAGAGAUUCUGUUCAGGAAACUCCCCAUGUGUGCAUUAUGUUUUAAAAUGGAAACAUUGGAUAUUUCCAGUAUGCAAGUAAGGUAGUAUUUUCAGUAAUUCAGCAUAAAUGUUACAUGAAAUUGUCUUAGAUUUUACCUAUAUUGACCAUUCAUAUGAUUAGUUUUGACCAAACUCCGGUUUCAAAGAAAUAAUAAUUUUGAUUGAUUAUUGCUUAUUUUGGCAGGAGACAUAAAACUAUUUAGAAAAACAAUAAACAACAGCUUUGUAUUCUCAGCAUCUUUUCAAAGUUCUGAAACUCAUUUCAGACUGCAUGUUUGUAAACAAUCACUGAGAUAUGCCACAUCAGCAGCAUAAUAAUUGUGUAUUUUAAAGCCAAUCAUUAUUUCUACACUGUUUUUAAAAACCAUCUGGCCUUCUCAAAUGAUUUCUGCAUGAUGUCUAUGGAGAUUCUCAGUCAUCCAGGUCAUGGUUGUCCCAAAGGUGCUUUUUCAAGAGGCAACUGGACUUUCUGGUUUUUCUUUGAAGACGUUUUGCUUCUCAUCCAAGAAGCUUCUUCAGAAAUGUCUUCAAAGAAAAACCAGAAAGUCCAGUUGCCUCUUGAAAAAGCACUUUGGGAUUUCUGCAUGAUUUUUUAUAUGCUGCUUAGUCUGGAGUUCAAAGAGUGGUCAUUCAGCUAAUGAUUGCUUAUUCUAAACUGGUCAAUAUCUGACUGCAUAGAAUGUCAGUCAAUGAAGGGUCCUUCUGUCUCAAACUGGUUAUCUGCUAAGUGUACUGAUUCAGGGCUUCCAAUGUUUGGUUAACCAACAAACUGACUUUCCCUUUUCCUUUCUAGAAGAAGCAGAAGUUUCUAAUUUUUCUUGCACCCAGUAAAGGCAGUCUGUAUAUUUGUCCUCAUGAAUUUGUAUACAAUUGUCUGCUUGUUUUUGUUUUGCUUUAUUUUAAAUAAUUUAAAGUAUUCUAUGAGGUGGUUUGAAGGCGAGUUCAAAUUCUAAUACAAUAGUAUUGCUAUAAUUUUAAAAUACAUUUUAUUGCUUUUAAAGUAAUAACAGCAAAAGAAAAAAAAAGCAAAGCACAAAAAAUAUAUUAUCAAAAAAUACACAAGUACUUGUAAAAUAAGUGAAAAAAUGCAACAGAAAAUAUAAUGUAUAGAGUAUAUGUUCUUAGAACAAUAAAGUUGCAAUUCUAUAUAGAAUUAUCAAAUGCA